AUGUUGUUCGGCAUUCCGGAGCCUACGGUAAUCACAUGGCUAUCAUGGUUGAUGAUCAUUUCGGGCGGAUUCGUAAUGUUUUCAAUGAUCUUGGGCAAGCGAGCCGUUUAUGGAAGAUACACCGUUAACUCAGCAAUCGUGAUCCCAGGUCGUCUAGCAUGGGUUGUGCAGGAAUUUCCAUCGUUUGCGGUGCCGCUCUACUACAUAAUCGGGUGUCAGGACACUGCAGGAAUGGUUGUUUUAGCAGCUUUUUUAGUGCAUUAUUUCAAUAGGACGUUUAUAUAUCCGUUACAAAUAAGGUCGAAAAAUGGAACACCAUGGUAUAUUUGUCUUUCAGCAUUUACGUUUUGCUCCUGGAAUGGAUAUGUGCAAGGCAGUUACCAUGGGCAAUACUAUCACCCUAAGGGCUUCUUCAGUCACCCUCUGUCGUACAUUGGGAUUGGUAUCUUUGCGCUUGGUAUGUACAUAAACAUGCAGUCGGACUCUAUUCUGCGGAAUCUAAGAAGACCUGGUGAAACUGGAUACAAAAUCCCUCGAGGUGGAAUGUUCGAGUACGUUUCUGGAGCGAAUUUUCUCGGUGAAAUGAUUGAAUGGACAGGAUAUGCAAUAGCGUCAGGUUCUCUUCCUGCCAUCGCUUUUGCAAUUUUUACUGCCAGCAAUAUUGGACCUCGAGCAAUACAUCACCAUCAGUGGUACCUCAGUAAAUUCCCCGACUAUCCCAAGAACCGCAAGGCUGAUAAAAUUGUCCUUGGAAAGAAAUUCUGGAAAAUCCUGGAAGAAGUGCUUGCCCAUCCGAGAAAUGGAGGUAUCGAGCGGGAAAAAAGAUUGGACCCAGAUCUCUGCGGGAAAAUGCUCCAAAAAUUUUCUGAGGAGACGUUAUCGGGAAAAGAACCAAUUUCCUCAUCUGUCUGA